GUUGCGUUUCUGUGUUCCAGUUCAUUAACCAUCAAAGAGAACGUAAUAAGAAGUGAUACAUUCUUGAAAAUAAAUAACCUUUACCAGAAAAGUACCAGAUUUCUUCCAGCCAAAAUAGUAUUUUGUCGUCGUAUAAAAUAGAAGCGAAGAAAAAUCUUGCCUACGCCACUACCAAUGGCAGCCCUGUAUCACAAUUUGUAUCAUCAAUAAACUCAAAAACUAUUCUUCUCAGUUUUUUUCAGUUGUCACUAAAAUUCAGCGGCUUUCUAACAGGCAGAAUACUCUGACAACGGUUCAAUAUGGGAAAAGCAAUGUCUCAUCUCGAUAGACUUGAUAAUUUCCAACAGACAAAGAUCCUGAAUCCAUAUUUGAACCAUCAAUUUAUUCCACGUGAAACUCGAAAAUAUAGAAUAAGGCGUAAUCCCAAUUUGUUAUACGAUCUGACAACUGGGAGAAUAUAUCGACUAAAUGGGAUACGACGACGACACCUAGCCUUGUCGGGAGUACCACCAAAAAGCAAUAAAAACUCAGAUAAUUCAAUAAAAAAACUUACUUAUUUGCCAUCGCAUAUCGAUUUAAGACAUCGAAUGACGCCAGUUGACGAUUCACCAUAUUUAAUGGGAUCGUGGUAAGCACCAGCUCCCAAUACACUGUGCUGCUUGAAAUUAGGCAAGAUUAAACCCAUCCUGUUACUAUGAAUACAUGCGCUUACUGGACUUAAUAGCUAGCCUAUAGAAGUAACGAAGGUUUUCUUAAUGUAGUGAUAAGAAUGAUGGUAUAGGCUUUCUGUUCUAUUAAAAUUAUCGCUAAAAUUCUCAAAUUCUACUCGAUAAUGAAAGAUCUAAGAACUAUAUAGACAUCAGUUAAUAUAUUGAUACUAUAUAGAUAUUUAAUUAAUAUAUAUUUUACACAAUUCAUAUAUCAGAUCAAGCGAGUUUCCAAGAAAAAUUUCAGUGCCUGUUUCCAUAAUUUUCAAUAUCUCAUACAACUAAUGGUUAAAAAUGAAGUUAAGUAUAAAUGCAAAAUCAAAUACUAUGGUUCAAUCGUACUGAUUUGUCUUUAUUAAAAUUUUAGUAAAUCAAUGAUAUCAUACUUUCGUUUUUAUUUUCAGCGUAGCCGAUGCAUUAGCAAGUGCCUAUGAAUAUUUGGUUAAAUAUGAGAAAGGAAUAGAUAUUGAUGUUAGUCGAUUAUUUAUUUACUGGAAUGGUCGUUGGCUGGACCAAACUACGCAUUUAGAUGAUGGAAUUUAUUUGAAAUCUGGAGUAGAUGCGCUCAUAACACACGGUGUCAUGCUUGAGCACCAUUGGCCUUACUUACCGUCAUUUCUCUACGACGCUCCUCCACCUGAACUUUAUCAAACGGCAAAACAAUGGACAGUAAAGUCCGUAAACUUCGCUCCCCAUUUGUAUACGAUGAAAAACUGUUUAGCUAAUGGUUAUCCAUUCAUGUUUGGACUUGAAAUAUUUAACUCAUUUGGUUCAGCAUCGCAUAACAAGGGUUAUGUACCGAUGCCGGAUCCGUCAGAAAUGCCACCCUCACACGCACCUUAUCAUACACGUAGUCAUCAUGCACUAUUAGCCGUCGGAUACGAUGAUUACUCUAACCAUUUUAUCGUGCGAAAUUGCUGGGGUUCUGAAUGGGUAAGCAUUUUGAGAAAAAAACAUACACCAGUAUGAAAUAUAAUGUGUUCGAACCACUUUCUUUACACAAGAAUUGGUAAAACAAACGUUUCAUAGACAAAAAUGCAUGUAUCCUUAAUGCCACUUCUGUUAAUUAAGAUUUAAAAAUUAAUAGCUUAGACAGACACGUAAGAACGACUAGAGAGCUGCUGUUUUUGCCAACGACAAGCCAAAAUUCAGGGGUAUCUUUUGCAGUGGCGGAUCCAGCGUUGUUUUUUGGUACGUGCGGUAUACGAUAAAAGUGCGAGAUACGUGCGGUCGUCAUAAAAACAGAUUAUUCUAAGAGAGAUUUGCUGAGAAAAAAGAGUUUUUUUGAUUAAAAGGUACGAGCGGUCGCUCGUACCGCUCGCGGGCUGGAUCCGCCACUGAUCUUUUGGUACGAUAUAAUUUUCGAAAUCUUUUCUGAGUUAAUUUUUCAAGAGAAUCAGAAUGCGGCCUAAGCAAGCUUUCAUUUCCAACAGUAUAGAUGCGGAGCGGUUACCUUGAAAGCUUCAGAACUGGUAUCCGCUAACUUUGGGAAUCUCAUAAACAUAUGAAGGUAUAGGUUUUCUGUGACUGUAAUAGCUUUUUUUCUCACU